AAGUGUUUAGAGCUUGGGGGGGGGGGCGGUGUGACGACACGCUCUGAUUAAACACACGCAGCUCGCGCUAGUAGCCAUUCUACAGAUUCCCGCCACGUGCAGCUGAGAACGAACCCCCAGAGGAACCAUUGUGUCGGAGCGGGCGAGACCGGGUUCAACGGUGGACACACGAUGAAGACACAGUGACAACGAGGGGCCAGCGUUUCACCCGAGUUUCACCAGAACCUCCUACAUCAGGAUGAAGGAACGAACAGACGCUCCUCAGGAUCGGGGCUGCUUGGUGGGAAUCAGUUUCUUCAUUUUGGGCCUGGGAACACUGUUACCAUGGAACUUCUUCAUGACUGCUUCAUUGUAUUUCCAAGGUCGCCUAAACACAACAGAAUGGAGCAACGGCACAGCGGUGAUCCGCAAAGAGUACUACUUCAACAACUGGAUGACCCUCCUCUCCCAGCUGCCCCUGCUGCUGUUCACCCUGCUCAACUCCGUCCUCUACCACAGGAUAUCGGAGGCGGUGCGUAUCGCAGGUAGCCUCGUUUUUAUCCUGCUGCUCUUCAUCCUCACAGCAGUGCUGGUCAAAGUGCCGAUGGAAGCCGAGCGCUUCUUCUCAGUAACCAUGGCUACUGUCUGGUUCAUCAACUCGUUCGGUGCCGUGCUGCAGGGCAGUCUGUUCGGCCUGGUGGGUCUGCUGCCUCAGAAGUACAGCACCAUCUUCAUGAGCGGCCAGGGCCUCGCAGGGACCUUCGCCGCCGUCGCCAUGCUGCUCGCCAUAGCCAGUGAUGCAGACUCUGAGUCAGCAGCGUUGGGUUACUUCAUUACACCAUGUGUGGGAACAGUGGUUACACUCUUAAGCUACCUGCUUCUACCUCGCCUGGAGUUUGCCCAGCAUUAUCUGAAGAAAAGCAGCAGGUAUGAGGCAGGCACCGCAGACGAGCUGCUGAAAGAGAGCAGCACAGCGGAGAACAGCAAGCUGAACGGGCAUGCUAAUGGCUCGGUGAGCAGCAGCGGUCAAACCGAGACCUCGGUGGACCCCAGCCCGGAAGAGACUAAGCAGGCCUUCCUGUCGCUGGAGCAGGCGGAGAAGACACAAGCCAAAGCCUCGGUCAUAGAGGUGUUCAAAAAGAUCUGGGUGAUGGCUUUCUGUGUGACCUUUGUGUUCACAGUCACUCUGUCUGUCUUCCCUGCUGUCACCGCAGAUGUCAGAACAUCAUUCCCAGGAAAAUGGGAGCGGUUCUUUCUGUCAGUGUGCUGCUUCUUAAUGUUCAACAUCAACGACUGGCUCGGCCGCACCAUCACCACCAUCGUACGCUGGCCUCGUAAAGAGUCUCCUCUGUUCCCGGCGCUGGUCGUCUCCAGGGUGGUGUUCAUCCCUCUGCUGAUGCUCUGCAACGUCCAGACUCGCUCCUUCCUUCCUGUCUACUUUGCCCAUGACGGUGUUUUCGUUGUCAUCAUGGCUCUCUUCUCUUUGUCCAGUGGCUACUUCGUCUGCCUCUCCAUGUCCUACGCACCACAGUUAGUGGAGCUGAAGGACGCAGAGACUGCAGGAGCCCUGAUGACCUUCUUUCUGGCCCUGGGUCUGUCUUUAGGAGCAGCGCUGUCCUUCCCCCUGAGAGCGCUGGUGUAGACUCUCACACACACACACACACACACACACACACACACACACAGACACACACACACACACACACACACAGUAGAAAAGUUGAAGAAAGGUGUUUUUUUUCCAUCAGUCAGAUCGUGAAAACCGAGGACGCUGUAGAAAAAAAACCACACACUCAAUUCAUGAAGUGUUUUGGGUCAUGAAUGACACUGUUCCCCUCAGAUGUAGGGAUAAGGGAAAUGUUGCAUGUUACCUGAAGAAAAGAUUUCCUCUGUGUUCAUUUCUCGUACGGUUGUUUUUAUUGUGUUUCUGCAUUUUUUUGGUUUACAGUAUUUAUGUUUAGAUUGGCUUCUUGAUUGGUUCAGGGCAUUGAACAUCGCUGAUCACGUGUAGAUAAAGGGAAUCCUUAGCGAUACACAUUUAAAUUAAUUUCCAUGUACUGCGAGAUUUACGCAUCGUCUUCGUUCUUGUGGCCACAGUUGAUCUUUGUUUACACUCUGUUUGGCUUUUGAUAUGAGUUUUUGUUAUUUGACUGACGGCGUGAAUUAUAGCAAUGGAUCUAUCUACCUUGUGUUAGAAUCAAUACAUUAGCUAUUUUUUGAUGAAAGGAACUUUCUAGGAUAAUUUUGUCUUGUUUUUAUAAUGAACUAGCACUAUGCUGCAGAUGUAGAACAAACCGUUUGUUUAAAUGUCACGUAAUUUACCGAUGGAAAGUUAAUGAGCUGCCUCAUGGACAUGGAUGGAUAAUUGAAAGAGCCAAAGGGACACAGGCUCAUGGAGCCGAGGGAUCAGGAGGCCUUGACAAAAUGUGGAUUUAGAAAAACCUGCAGUGUGUUGUUGUUUUCAGUAUGGGGGUUUUGGAUGUAGGAGGGGUGGGGGGGGGCUUUACACAUGUUUUUUCCCAGGGGCCCCAGAAUCCAUCCAUGCUCAUGGGGCCCUGUGUUAGUGCCAGUUUUUAUCCUCCUCCACACUCCGGUCCCUCUCAAGCAUUUAGGUCACUGCUGCCAUCUACUGGUCAAGAAUCCCCUCUUCUUUUUGAUUUGAACCUAAAAACCAGAAAUAAACAGUGGUGCUGGGACAUCACAGGUUACUACUGUCUGACUGGAAACACAGUCGAUCGCAGCACUCUUCUGCUGACACAGACACAUCACGUAGAACUGACAGCUCCUGACUUCCAAACCAAGAUGUAGGUUUAUUUGAAAGUGAGUUUUUAAAUCUGGAGCUCCUCCUGAGGAACCCGGGCAGCUGCACUUUUCUGUCUUUGACGUACCAGUGUAGGGAAGCUGUAGUUAUUUGUAAGCCAUUACAAACAAUUGAAUAAGUUAUGAAUAUUAGAGUCCUCGUAGAAAAUAAGAAACAAAUGUUUCUUCUCUGUAGAAUAUUGUAAAGAUAUUUAUAUCGGCAACAUAAGAAUGUCAAAUAGUAUUGUUGUCGUUUUUUUAAGUUGCUACCAAUGUGCUAUGCUCCAGGUACAAAUCUCAGUUUUUCCAUUUUUUAUUUGUAGUGCACAUCUUCAUGUCUAGAAUUGAACUUAGUGAUCUUUAAUGGUUUUUUAUAACAAUCUGUGUGGAUUGAAAAGUGUCAUAUAAGCCUUUAUUUUUAUUACUAUUAUCCAAGUGCGUGUUUUUAUUUUACUGACAGUAAAUGAGUGGUUGUUAGAGUACAUAUGUCAAUGAGAAAAGAAUUGUCUUCAGCUGCUGCUUCAAAAUUAACCAAGGGCUGACUCCAAAUGGACGGAGUAAUUGGAUUUUUAUUUGAUAUUAAAAACGUUUAAUUUGUUGUGUGACUUAGCACUAUGAAAUGGACAAAUACAGCAAGUAGUUGUCAAGGUACAACGGAGUAUUGAGCCAUGUUGAGAAAAACAAUUCCGACAUUUCAAAAUAACAGGAAAAAAGCUGUAAUAUAACUGACUUUCUUCUCAAUUAACAACUUUAUUCUCGCAUUCUCUGAAUCUUGGUUACUGAAAUAUGAACUGCAUCUUAGAGGAGAUGUUUGUACAUUGUACAUUUCCUCCAAGAAAAUACUUUUCGGAUCUCAGUUCAUGUGACAGUGAUUUUGACAUGACGCUCCUAAUGUACGAUUCCCUGUCGAAAACAAAACAAAUGUGGGUCCGACUUAUUAUUUUAGUUUCGGUGAUUUCAUAUGUCCUUUGUACAAGUGGUGUUUGAAGAAUGUGCAGAGAGUGAUGCGAUGUGGGCACGCUCUCAGGCUGUGUACGCUCCGUAGUCGAAGCUCUGCCACACUCGGCCUUAACGAUAAAACGGUUCACAUUGUGUUUGCAUCAUGUUCGAUCAUCGUUGAAGACACUGUUUUUCAUUUCACAAAAUCCAUCCUGUUGUGUUUUGUCUGAUCACGGCCGCAACAUUGCAGCUCACAUGUGCUCCAGACAGACUGUGACAGAAUGAGUUACAGUAAAGGGAAUCUAUGCCUAUGCAUGUUCAUUAUGUAUGUGUACAGAUGUGGCUGAAAAUAAAUGGUUCCAACGAGCUGUGUCAGAGAAGAAUUCAUUCAGUUUUGGUGCAGUUGGGUUGAAUUUAAGGAGACUGUUGCGUUUCUGCUCUACACAGUGAUGUUCUAGUUCGGAUCUUGAAACAGAAAUCUUAACAUCUUCACUCAGCUACUUCAGAUUGAAAUGAAUAUUAAACAUGAGACACUG